AAAAUUUUUUUUUCAUUUACCGAUGUGUACGCGCGCGGAGAUAUUGCAGAGAGAUGAUCGUUUCGUUUCAAUCGGUCGUGCGUAGACCGAAGUGAUUGAAAAUUGAUUAACGAUUGUCGCACACACAACGAAGAAGUUUUAAUUAAUAUUAGAUCAGAUUGUGAAGUCAAUUUGACUUCUAAAUUGUGCGCGAUUUAAUAAUGGAAAUUACAUGAUGAAUGAAAAAAAUCAGAUUAAAUCUAGAAACAAUAUUACGCGAGCAUGGGAAGCAUCGACGGGCAGGGAACGACGAUCGGAGCAGAGAACGCCGGAGCAAUUCCAGAGCUUCAGAGUUAUGGCAAAAUAUCUGAAAUUAUAUUGUCAGUAUUCCAGUUUAAGUAGUUUCAAAUAUCUCGCCGAUCCUCAGAAAACUUGGUUCGAAAGAUCGUUAUGGAUCGCGAUACAUUGCGUGACUAUAGCUAGUUUGAUAUUUAUGGUUUAUGUCUCCUAUCAAGAAUUUUACACAUCGCCCAUACUAACUUCCAUGGAUACGGACAGUUAUCGAACGACCGAUUUACUUUUUCCAGCAAUCGCCAUCUGUUCCGUGAACAGGAUAAGUAAGCAAUCCGCAACAAAACUGGCGAACAGCAUUUUCAACGCGAACAUCACGGACCAGUCGGUCACGGAAAUCCUCGAUUUGGUCAAGCAGUUGGGCAAUAUAUAUGCCUCCGAAUUUACCAUGGAUGAAGAUCGAAAUGUGGAGAUUGAUCGACUUCUGACGACUUACUUCGAGGGACCGUACGACAUUACCGGAAUAAUGAAGGACUUAUCGCCGCAAUGUGCAACGAUGCUUCUCAAGUGCAAACUCCACGGGACCGACCGGAAUUGCACGACGCUUUUCGAGUUUCGUAAGACGCAAGACGGAUUCUGUUGCACCUUUAAUUAUCUACGCGAAAGCGACGACAUUCCCGUAAUGAAGCCCGAAUUCAUGAAACCGCCAUUAAAAGAACAUAAUGUGUCUGAUCUUGGAAUCGAACGUGGUUUGACGGUCGUGAUGGAGCCAUUUUUGGACGAUUACUUCUAUCCGAUAUUACCGGUUAAAGGUUGGAAGGUGACUGUGUUCGACCCUCGCGAUUAUCCGGACGUGACCAGCGGCGGUGUCACGGAGGUGCUUGCGCUGCCUCAAUCCGAGACGUACAUUGACGUGACAGGGGCGUCUUUUUACAGUACUAAAAUCAUCGAGAGAUUUCACGUGAGCAAACGCAACUGUAUUUUUGCGGAGGAGCAACGCACAACGUACUCUGGCACGCCUUACACUUACAGCGACUGCAUUGUUGACUGCAAAAGUCACGAUGUCCUGAGUCUCUGCGGGUGCAGGCCGUUCUUCUAUCCACGUCGUGGCGAAAAAGAAUAUUCAUGGCGCAUUUGCACGAACGCAGAUUUGGACUGUCUGGCCAAAUAUAAGACCAAAUGGUGGACAGUCUUACCUCAUGAGGAUAAUGCAGCCAUUUCAAAUAAGGACUGGGCUCUCCAUUGUCAGAAUUGUUAUCCCGCUUGUCAAGACACUUCUUACGACAUAUUAAGUUCAAAAAGUUACAUGACUCCCGGCACAUUCAAAACCGAUCUGAUGUGGAACCUAAACGUUACGGAUGAAGGUGUGUUGCAUGUGUUCUUUUCGAAGUACGGCUCGAUCAGACUGAAACAGGACGUGACUUCCUACUGGUACGAACUUUUGAGCGAUAUCGGCGGUAUAUGCGGUGUCUUCAUCGGCUUCAGUCUCAUCAGCGUUGUUGAGAUGCUGUACUUUCUUGCGCUCGUGCUCCGCGACCUCCUCUUCAAAGAAUCGAUCAUGCGGAAGGACGACGGCGAUCACGAGGAGAAAGAUGACGGUGACCACGACAACGAGAAGAUACAAUCAAUCCACGACCAAACUGUAACGACGAUUUAUUGGGGCGAGUUGCUGCCCCGAUCGUGGCGCUCGGCGAGAUACGGUCGAUUUAUCGACAACACGACCAGAUACUGAUACAGUCGGGGAGCCAUCA